AUGAAUCCUUCCACGCGGUGAACAACCGUAAUCAUUUCCAAGAUUCAUAAUAGAAUGAGAAGGGAAGUUGGAUGAUUUCGCGAUCUCUUAUUGUACUCUUUAUAUAAUUUUAGAUUUUAAUAAGUUGAAAAUAAUAAAACAUAAAAUAAAUAAAGAGAAAAGAAAGUAGAAAAAAACAUAUGUGUAAAAAGUUAAACUAAAAACUUAUACUAAAAAUUAUAUUAAAAAUAUAUAUAUAUAAUUUAUAUUAAUAGAAAUUUUUUGCUUUAUAUGAAAAUUAUAUAAAUUGAACGAUAUUAAUUAUUAUACUAUUAAACUUUUAUUAAUUACUGAAUAAAAAUAUUAAUAAAUAUAAUUAAAAUAUUAUACAUAUCUUUAAAAAAUGUAAAAGUAUUAAUCAUGAUUUAAUUAUUAAAAUAUUUAUUAAUAAUUUAUUAAUAUUAUAAAAUUAUUACUAAUUAAUAAUUUAAUUACUAAAAUAAAUUUUACUUUUUGACAUUCAAUGAAUUUAAAUAUUUUUCGACAAAUUUAUUAGAAAGUAAAAAAAAGAAAUAAUAAUUUUUUAUUCACUAUGAGUUUUUAUGUUGUGUCCAACCUGUUUUAAAAUUGAUAAUUUCAUAGCAUUGUGUUGUAUAUACACGUGAUAAAUAUUCUAACCUUAAUUUAAAAAAAAAAUAAUUUUAAAAAAUCAUGGGACGCCAUAAAAAGGGUCGUUGCGUAAAAAGGAAUAAGCAGAUUAAUACAGAAGAAAAUCCAGAUAUAGUAAAAGCACCUCAUUCAUUUGUCAUUCAUCGUGGAAUACCUGGAGAACAUAUUGUUGAGCUUACAAAAAACUUUCGUAAAAUUAUGGAACCUUUUACAGCAAUGUCUUUAAAAGAAAGAAAAAAGAAUACAAUUAAAGAUUUUGUAUCUAUAGCUAGCAUAUUACAUGUUACACAUAUGUGUAUAUUUUCAAAAACAGAACAAGGAAUGUAUUUUAAACUUUGCAGGUUACCAAGGGGACCAACACUUACAUUUAAAAUACAUAGUUUUUCAUUAUCACGUGAUGUAAUAUCUUUAAUAAAAAAGCAAAUGGUAUAUGAAGAAUUAUUUAACAAUUCUCCAUUAGUAAUAUUAAAUAAUUUUAGUGGAGAAGGUAUGCAACUAAAACUUAUUGCUUCUAUGUUUCAAAAUAUGUUUCCUACAAUAAAUUUGACUACAGUUAAUUUAAGUACCAUUCGUAGAUGUUUGUGUUUAAAUUAUAAUGCAACAUCAAAAACUAUUGAUCUUAGGCAUUAUGCGAUUAAAGUAAUACCUGUUGGUUUGUCAAAAGGUGUUAAAAAACUAGUUCAAGCUAAAAUACCAAAUUUAUCUAAAUGUGAAGAUUUUUCUGAUUUUUUAACAAAAGAAACAAUUUCUGAAAGUGAAGUUGAAGAUGAUCCUUUGAAUCAUGUUACAUUACCACAAAAAUUAUCUUCACGUGGUAAUUAUGCAAAUAAUAAAAGUGCAAUUAGACUUUCUGAAUUGGGUCCUAGAUUAACAUUAGAGUUAAUAAAAGUUGAAGAUGGACUCUUGGAUGGUGAAGUACUUUAUCAUGAAUAUGUUUAUAAAUCUGAAGAAGAAAAACUCUUAAUAAAAAAAAAACGAGAAGAAAAAAAGAAAUUGAAAGAAAAAAGAAAAAAAAUACAAGAAGAAAAUAAGAAGAAGAAAGAAUUACAGAAACAAGAACAUAAAGAAAGAUCUUUAAAGGGAAUACAGAAAAAGAAAGAAAGUGAAAUAUUAUUACAAAAAAUUGCAAAAGAGUCAGUCGAAGAAAAUAAUAUAGAGGAAGAUGAUGAUGCACAAUAUUAUCGUGAUGAAAUAGGAGAAGAACCUGAUAAAGAUUUAUUUGAAAGAAAAAUUGGUAACAAAAGACUUAAAAAAUUUACAUCUAAACAUAAGUUAAAAAAACAAAAACUCAGCAAAUCAUGAAAUAUUAAACCAAAUAUAUAAUAUCAAUUUGUAAAAAAUUUAUAUAUAUGAACUUAUAAAUAUAAAUAUUAUUUAAUAAAUCAUUUUAUAUAAAAUUAUAAA